AUGUCUCUCCCCUCCCUCCAAGACCUGCUUGUCAAGGCCUCUAGCCUGCUGCUGAAGAAAGGAAACGACGGCGACCUGCAGCAGCGGCCAAGAGUCCAGAAGGAACCUAGUCAGCAUCGCGGUCGGACCGGUACGAAGCAGAGUAUGGCGACUGCGAGAGGGUCUUCAUCAUGCGCGGCGGGGGCUGGUGACCGAGGAGGAGUGGAUGACCAGCCGAAGGCCUGGCAUCAACCAGGAGCAACUUCCCCUGCUUUCUUGCUGCAAGUGCGACAGAGGCUCAUGCUGCCUGCGGCGGGCUUGAGGCAUCACGUGGUGAACAAGGAAACGCGAGACGGAGGACCUUCGGCAGCGACAGGGCGAGACAUCGAGGCGUAUGAUACCACGGCGGAGGGCAGCCCCUCCUCAGCUGCCCCUUCCAGGAGACCGUACUCCUCUCGGCAUCCCAGUUGCGCCAACGGCCGCAGCGCUCCCCCCUGUUUGUGGGCUAUAACUGGACACGUCUCUGCCUUCCAGGAUAGGUCGCCACUGAGAGCUGAGGGGCUGCACUCUCACAUUCCGGCGGUGCCGCUGUCGGCCUCUCCGGGAGCGGUGACGCACAGACCGACGCACUGCUCUGACCAGCCACCUGCGAGGGAAGCCAGGCGGAGUGGCAGCCGCAACAUCGACUGCGCAUCUGCCGUCGCUCCCAGCGGAGCAGGAAGGACCAGCUCCCCCCCGAUGAGAAGCUCGUUCGCCGACAGCUUUCACCUCGGCCCGCAAAUUGGAAAAGGCGCCUAUGCCCCUGUGCAUCUGGCCACACACAGAAAAAGCGGCAAUCACGUGGCCGUGAAGAUCUACGAAGGGUUCCGGUCCAUGAACAAGGACAGGAAAGCGGUUAUCGUCAGAGAGAUUCGAGUUAUGCGGAGGCUGUCUCAUGAAUCAAUAGUGAAAUAUGCGGGGAUCUACAAUGAAGCGAACGCCCUCUACGUCCUCAUGCAGUUUCUGAACGGGGGAUCGCUCCACGCCCUUGUCAAAAACCAUGAGAACGGGAAACUCAGCGAAGACAGCGCCAGGAAACUCUUCAGGCAAAUCUGCAACGCUGUCAACCACAUGCACUCACGCAGUAUCGUCCAUCGAGACCUGAAACUGGAAAACAUCCUCCUCGACAGUGCCGGGCGCGUGAAAGUCAUCGACUUCGGCUUUUCCUCCAUUGUCAAAGACGACACUCGCUGCCGAAUGCGAUGCGGAACUCCGUCAUAUAUGCCUCCGGAGAUUCUGCUGAAAAAGGAAUAUGAUGGCUUCGCAGCGGACAUCUGGUCCCUGGGCGUUGUGCUCUACGCAAUGCUCCAUGGAGGGUAUCCAUUCAGAGGAAACGGCCUCAAGGAGCUCUACGCGAAAAUUCUCCAGGGGGACUUCCCGCUGAGCAUCCAUCUCUCUGACGCUGCCCAGCAGCUUCUUUGCGGAAUGCUCACACUCCAGCCGGUCGACCGCCUCACGAUCGAGGAAAUUCUGUGUCAUCCCUGGUGA